GAGGCGUCGCACAAGUUCUUGCGAGUAGCGCGCGCUCUUCAAAUUCGCGCGGAACAGCCGGGGACCGGGUGGAAGAGGUCCCGCGCCAGCACAGCCCGUGGAGCUAUCAGCGUGCCUGUCGCCGACGGCAUCGUCUCGGAGGGGUUUCAUGAAAAUGGUGCCAAAAACCACUAGGAAGAGGAAGCAUUCCUCUCUGGACUCUGACAGUCAUCCAGCCAAGACAGGACUGCUGGAAGAGGCCUCUCCCAUGAAAAGAUUAUCAAGGAAGCCCCUACAGCAGUCUCCUAGAAGGAGCAUGUCUGCUGAGACGCAGGAGAAAGAGAAUUGUCCCUCACCAUGGAACUCCCCAUGCAGAAUUGCAGGCUCCCUGAGGCAAUCUCCCACGAAAACCUCUCCAAUCAAACCAGCCAUUGCAGUGGGCUCCUUCUACAAACAGAAGACCAUCUACCUUACCCCGCUGGAGAGGAAGAGGAUGAGGGAGUCCAGACCUCCUUCCUGUUCCCCUCCUUCCGAAGUAAAACAAGAAUUAAAACAGGUGGUGAAGGCAGGCGGCAAACUGAAGAAGAAGGCCACAUCUGUAAGUCGUGGUGCAAAGACGAGCUUCACGGGCUACAGUGCACCUCCUCGGGCCAUCCGGCUGCCCAAGCUCAUUAGCAGCACCACUGCUGAACCAGUUCCAGCUGCCACAAACAAACCAACAGAGCCCAGGAAGGUGACGACCAUCACUUUCAGUUGCCUGAAAACCAAGCCCAAGCUCUUUGUGGGAGCGGCUUUCUUCGGUACAGGUAAAAAGCCUGCCAUGUACAAGAAGUCAGUCUACAAGUUUUCUGCCAAGCCAGCUCAAGCACGGGAGAAACCCAAGGUCCCCUUAACGAAAGUUAACAAAGAGACGUCACAGCAGGUGCGGGACAUAUUACUAAAAAAUCAUCCCGAAGUGCCCCAAGUAGUGAGUGAAGACGCCUCUGAGAAGAGAGGAGAAACCAAGCUUGAGACCAAACAAACACAUCGGUAUAACGCGAUGGAGUCUUCCCUGAGCAAGCAGAUGACUCCACCGCUGCCACCACGCUCUCCUAAAGAUUAUGGAAUUACUAAGGAGCUACAGGUCUUACUUAGACGGACCCCUACAAGUAGUCCUGAAUCCAAACCCUCAGCCAUCAACACUCAGGAGGACCCCUUGAUAGGUGCUGACUCCCCAGAGUCUCCAGCUAUUUAUCCCAUUUUCGGCUCAGCUUCCAGGAGGUCACAGAUGAAGCAGUCUCUGCAGCCUCCGAAGUCCUCCAGCACCACUGCUAGCCCAGUACCUAAAUUGCAGACCACCUCCUCUGCAGCAGUCAAGGAGCGUACCACAUGCUGGAGAAGGGACAGACAAGCAGAUGACCAGUUCAUUAUCGAUGCAGGUCAGAGGCAGUUCGGAGUGACAACUUGCUCCUCUUGUGGGAUGGUGUACAGUGCUGACAGUCCAGACGACAACUUCCAACACUCCCAGUUCCACAUGCGCUUCCUGGAUAGCAUCAGAUUUGUGGGCUGGAAGAACGAGAGGAUAGUGGCUGAGUUCUGGGAUGGAAAAAUUCUCCUCGUUCUGCCAAACGAUCCCAAAUACGCUCUCAAAAAGGCCGAGGAUGUUCGCGGUGUUGCAGACAGUGAACUGGGCUUCCAGCAGGUGACUCUGAGUUGCCCCAAGCAGACCAAGACCUACCUGUUCAUCAACACGGCGCACAUGGUGGUGGGCUGUCUCAUUGCUGAAAACAUUCGACAGGCAUACCGUGUGCUGGGCCAGCCAGAGCAGCCCAAAGACAUGACUCAGCAAGACAUCAUGGAAAACCAGAGAGCCUGGUGCUGCUCCACCACCCCAGAGACGGCCCUGUGUGGGAUUAGCCGCAUCUGGGUCUUCAGCCUGGCCAGGAGGAAGGGAAUUGCCACUCGCAUGCUAGACACUGUCAGGAGAUCUUUUCUGUAUGGCUGCCCCCUGACCAAGCAGGAAAUCGCCUUCUCUGACCCCACCCCGGAUGGCAAGUCCUUCGCCACCAAAUACUGCUGCACGCCAUACUUCCUCGUCUACAAUUUCAUUGCGUGAAGACAACUGAGCUCGUCCAUCAGGUUUGGAUAAUGUGCGACGAGUAAAUGGAGCCGCCAUGUAACAGCAGUUAUAACUGAACCAGAUAUCAGCUGAUUCAACCACCGAAUUUCUUCAUAGGAGCUACCGACUGUUGAAGUGUUGCGCAUCUGUUUGUGUAAGACGCCUGUCCAAGAGAGCUAGUCCUUCUUUUUUGUCUACCUGGCCAGUGUGGUUUUGGCAUUUGCAAACAUUGUGCCUCAGUUUUAAAAUAACAUGUUUUUGGAUAAUCUAAGCCUGGGGUUAUAAAGUCUUUUAUGCAGAACAAGUGUGGACUUUCUGUGAGGGGAGGGAAACCUCAGCAUGUUAUUUAUAGACCUAGUGCAAUGCUACAUGCUGUUAGUUAAACUUGUAUUUUAGCCGCUUUUUGUUCUGGCGUUGUGUAUAUAUUGUUUGAUAAAGUCCUCCUGUAGUUGCUGCAAUUGUCUUGGUUGCGAACACCCAUGUCGGUGUCCACGGUGUUUAUGCAUCUUGGGAAGGUCUCGUUGAGGUUCUAUUGCUUGUCAUAUGUUUGAAGUAUUUUGAAGUUUUGUCAAGAGAUUGGAGUUUAUAGUUCCUGUCCAGCUCUAGGUUUUCUGGUGGCAGUAUUUUGAGAUACUGACCCGUUGAUGGAUUCCAUCAGUUUGAAAUGCA